AUGGCUUCCGAAAAUGAAUUCCAGCUCUUCACUUCAUUGCGAUAUGAUCCCUUGCUACCUACAUCAGAGGAAAACUCUCGUCAGAUUCUGAACUUUGUCUCCCCGUCACCCUUCUACAUGCUUGCCUAUCACAGAGAUCGAAUGGUAGAAGCAGCGCAGCACUUUGACUUUUUUGAGGUCGAGAAGAAGCUUCAAGAUGGCGAGGCACUACACGCCGAACUACUGAAGCGGACUCAGGCUCAUAUACAAAAGUCUGGAAAAGACGAAGCGAUGAAGCUUCGACUGCUGUACGAUAAAGACGCCAAUCUUACCGUCGAGUUCACCGCUGUCCCUGCUGUCCCCCUGUCCACCCUUUACCCUCCAUCUCUGGACCCACCAGCAUCCAUCCCAGAAAAACAUCCCGCAAACACCUUCAAGCCUUCUCCGCUAACAGGUGGUGCUCUAACCCUCGGCGCCGACGACUCCCUUCCAGCAGCAACAUCUACACCUCCUCCGCCACCAGAAUGGAAGAUCAAGCUAGACACCGCGCCCACACCAUCAUCACCCUUCACCCUCCUAAAGACUACCAAACGAGAAAUGUAUGAUCAAAGCCGUGAACGUGCCUUACCUGAGAACUCUGCUGGUCCAGCCUACCGGGAAGUAAUGCUCUACAACGAAGUCAACGAGCUCACAGAAGGCACUCUAACGUCCCUCUACCUCUUCCGCGGUGGCCGUUGGGUUACCCCGCCAGUUGGCGUCCCCUCUGGCGAGUUCACGAGCAAGACGUUAAAGGAUGACGGUGCCGACGAAGGAGAGCUUAGAAAGCCGUUUGCCGGUCGCUGGGGCCAUUCCACGAGAAGCGCAAAGGUUGGGGCUGGGGGGCAAAGGGGCACAAGUCGUAGGUGGGCGUUGGGCAGCGGGUAUUGUAUGGAAGAGCCUGUUAGUAUUGACACUGUGCAAGUUGGCGAGCAUGUGUGGUGUUGUGUCUGCUCGCCUUUUUACGAAGGCAGCAGCAGGGUCUGUUUACAUGACGUAUCUAUGAUCCAGCUGAAGUAA